GAAAAAAAGUGUACAAAUAUUUUCAUAUCAAAACAAAAUAAAUAUAAAAAGAAAUGGAAGCCCAACGGAGAGCAUACAAUGCCAGGGGAUUGCCACGCCCCAAGGAGCGCUUAAAGCGGCGCACCGGCCCCACCAUUCCCAUGCCAGCCCGCAAGGGGCUGCUAGCGCCCCAGAACACAUUCCUGGACACAAUCGCCACGCGGUUCGAUGGCACGCACUCGAACUUUGUGCUCGGCAAUGCGCAGGCAAAUGGCAAUCCAAUUGUUUAUUGCUCGGAUGGGUUCGUGGAUUUGACAGGAUAUUCACGCGCGCAAAUUAUGCAAAAGGGCUGCUCAUGUCAUUUCCUCUACGGACCGGAUACGAAGGACGAGCACAAGCAGCAAAUUGAGAAAAGUCUCUCCACCAAAAUGGAACUGAAGCUGGAGGUUAUUUUCUACAAGAAGGAAGGUGCUCCAUUCUGGUGCUUGUUCGACAUCGUGCCCAUCAAGAACGAGAAACGGGAUGUGGUCCUGUUUUUGGCCUCUCACAAGGACAUCACGCACACCAAAAUGCUGGAGAUGAAUGUGAACGAGGAAUGUGAUAGCGCUGCUCUGCUGGGCGCGCGGUUCCGGGCUGGCUCCAAUGCCGGCAUGCUGGGUCUCGGCGGCCUGCCCGGCCUGGGCGGUCCGCCGUCCAGCGAUGGUGAUGCGGAGGCCGGCGAGGGCAAUAACCUGGAUGUACCCGCUGGCUGCAACAUGGGCCGACGACGCAGUAGAGCGGUCCUCUAUCAACUGUCCGGGCACUACAAGCCGGAGAAGGGCGGUGUCAAGACCAAGUUGAAGCUGGGAAAUAACUUUAUGCACUCAACGGAAGCACCGUUUCCGGAAUACAAAACGCAGUCGAUAAAAAAGUCACGCUUGAUUCUGCCUCACUACGGGGUGUUCAAGGGCAUCUGGGAUUGGGUCAUACUGGUGGCCACCUUCUAUGUGGCACUGAUGGUUCCAUACAAUGCGGCCUUUGCAAAGGCCGAUCGCCAGACGAUGGUCUCCGAUGUGAUUGUGGAGGCGCUCUUUAUUGUAGAUAUUCUGCUCAACUUCCGCACCACCUUCGUGUCGCGCAAGGGCGAGGUGGUCUCCAAUUCGAAGCAGAUUGCCAUCAAUUACUUCCGAGGCUGGUUUGCCCUGGACCUGCUGGCGGCAUUGCCCUUUGACCACCUGUACGCCUCCGACCUGUACGAUGGAGAGGAAUCGCACAUCCAUCUUGUGAAAUUGACGCGUCUGCUGCGGCUCGCUCGCCUGUUGCAAAAAAUUGAUCGAUACUCGCAGCACACGGCCAUGAUACUGACAUUGCUGAUGUUCUCCUUCACGCUGGCCGCCCAUUGGCUGGCCUGCAUCUGGUAUGUGAUAGCGGUCAAGGAGUACGAGUGGUUCCCCGAGAGCAACAUCGGUUGGCUGCAGCUUCUGGCGGAGCGGAAGAACGCCUCUGUGGCCAUUUUGACCACAGCGGAAACCUACUCCACGGCCCUGUACUUUACCUUCACCAGCCUGACAUCCGUGGGAUUUGGCAAUGUUUCGGCUAAUACCACAGCCGAAAAGGUCUUCACCAUCAUCAUGAUGCUCAUUGGCGCCCUGAUGCACGCCGUGGUCUUCGGUAACGUGACUGCCAUCAUCCAAAGGAUGUAUUCGCGCCGCUCGCUCUACGAGAGCAAAUGGCGCGACCUAAAGGACUUUGUGGCCCUGCACAAUAUGCCCAAGGAGCUGAAGCAGCGCAUCGAGGACUACUUUCAGACCUCCUGGUCCCUUAGUCAUGGCAUUGACAUAUACGAGACGCUACGCGAGUUUCCCGAGGAGCUGCGUGGCGAUGUCUCCAUGCACCUACAUCGUGAAAUAUUACAGCUGCCGAUAUUCGAGGCGGCCUCCCAGGGCUGUCUGAAACUCUUGUCGCUGCACAUUAAGACAAACUUUUGUGCGCCGGGCGAGUAUUUGAUACACAAAGGCGAUGCCCUCAACUAUAUCUACUAUCUGUGUAAUGGAUCGAUGGAGGUGAUCAAAGACGAUAUGGUGGUGGCUAUAUUGGGUAAGGGCGACCUGGUGGGCUCCGACAUCAACGUGCAUCUGGUGGCCACCAGCAAUGGCCAGAUGACCGCCACCACCAACAGUGCUGGCCAGGAUGUUGUCGUUCGCAGCAGCAGCGAUAUUAAGGCGCUCACCUACUGCGAUCUAAAGUGCAUCCACAUGGGCGGUCUGGUGGAGGUGCUACGCCUGUAUCCGGAGUACCAGCAGCAGUUCGCCAAUGACAUCCAGCAUGAUCUCACCUUCAACCUGAGGGAGGGCUACGAGAACCAGGACUCGGACAUUGGGCCCUCAUUUCCCCUGCCAAGCAUCUCGGAGGAUGAUGAGAAUCGCGAGGAGGCCGAGGAGAAUGGCAAGGGCGAUAAGGAUGUCUUGGGAGGAGCAGGAAGUGGUGCCUCUCCUUUGCACAAUCUAACCAACUCCCCGCUUCAUGCAGCUCGUUCGCCUCUUCUGGGCAUGGGAAGUCCCAGGAAUCAGAGGUUACAUCAGCGUGGCAGGUCCCUGAUAACCCUGAGGGAAACGAAUAAGCGGCAUCGGACACUUAAUGCAGCCUGCAGUCUGGACAGAGGAUCCUUUGAGGAACCCGAACCCCUCGAAGAGGAGCAGCAGUCGCAGGGCAAGAGGCCUUCCUUGGAGCGCCUGGACUCCCAAGUCUCCACGUUGCAUCAGGAUGUGGCCCAGCUGAGUGCCGAGGUGCGGAAUGCCAUUAGUGCCCUGCAGGAGAUGACCUUCACCUCGAACGCCAUGACCUCGCACAGCAGCUUGAAGUUCCCGCCGGCCAGAUCCAUACCCAAUAUUAGUGCCAUGCCGGCCACCAGGGUGGGUGAUGCCGUAGAGCAUGGCCUUCUGGGACACAUGGGUGUUUUGGGUGCUGCCGAAAUGGCGGCCAUGCAGAGGAGCUCAUCGCAUCCUCCUGAGGUGUGGGGUCGAGAUGUGCAGCUGCCCACCAGCAAUACGGCAAGUUCCAAGGCUCCUUCUCCUUCGCCAGUGGAGCCCAGCAAGAGCACCACCAGCCGGAGUUGUCAAACAGAUUUCUAUCGCAUUGACUUUCCCACCUUCGAACGCUUUGUCUUGGCCAAUCCCCGCCUGGUCCUGGGUCUUCUGGGCAUCGAACCCGCCAUCAAAAACGAAAUGGAUCUCCUGCAGCAAAAGCAAACCCUGCAAAUCUCACCACUCAACACGAUAGACGAGUGCGCCUCGCCGGCGGAUACCAACUUGGCCAGCUCCAAGGAGCGUUUGAUAACCUCGGCGAGUGGGGCACCGCCUGCAGGUCGCGUUUACCCUCCUCUGGAUGAUGAGAAUUCCAAUGAUUUUCGGUGGACAAUGAAGCACUCGGCCAGCCAUCACAGUUGCUGCAAGAGCACAGAUGCCCUGCUGAGUCCCACAGAGGAGCAGAGUUCAGUUCCUGUGCUUCCAGCGGAGGUCACUCCGCCCCCAGCGGCUGUCCCGGAGCGCUCCUCAAAGAGAAGCAUACGAAAGAGCACCAGCGGCAGCAACUCCAGCCUGUCCAGCAGCAGUUCCAGCUCGAACAGCUGCCUAGUGUCCCAGAGCACUGGCAAUCUGACCACGACGAAUGCCUCGGUGCACUGCAGCCAGAGUAGCCAGAGUGUGGCCACCACCCGGAGGGCCUCCUGGAAGCUACAGAAUUCGCGGAGUGGCGAAUAUCGUAGAUUGUCAGAGGCCACCGCCGAGUAUUCGCCGCCGGCCAAGACCCCAGUGCCGGUGGCGGGACUGACGGCUGUGACCUACGGCGCCGACGAGGAGGAGGAGAGCGUGGAGCUGCUGGGACCGCGACGGAACUCGCGACCCAUCCUGCUGGGCGUGAGCCAGGGACAGGGCCAGGGACAGGCUAUGAAUUUCCGCUUUUCGGCUGGCGAUGCCGACAAACUUGAGAAGGGUCUGAGGGGUCUGCCCUCCACGCGCUCACUCCGGGAUCCGAGUUCCGGCAAGUAAAAGGAGAAGCGCCGUGCGUGAUUUAUGCCCUAAUUAAUACUGAAACACAAAGACGCUUGUACAGUUAAUAUCUCUAAGAUACACACAUACAUACACGUUCGGUUGUUCAUCUGUUAUCCCCAAGAUGUAUCCUGAGAAUUCCUCUCCUACCUACACAUCACACGCAUACAUAUUUGUAAAAGCAUAUCAGAGACGCUGAGAAUAUCCGGCGAAGCACACAGAAAUUUAUUUUUGUAAGCCGCAGCGGGAAUCGGUAAUGAGAUUAAAGUAAAUACAUAUACAUACUAUAUAAAUAUAUAUUUUCCUAAUCGAUCGGCCAACAACAUGUGUCAUAGGCGGCAGUACAAAGCUAAGAGACCUCCGAUUACAAUAUAAAUAAUUGCGUGUUUCUUGCUCAGCAACAAAAAAUAUCAGCAAAUCAUUGACACAUUUUGAAGUAAUGGUGAAAUGUUUGUUAAGUUGAAUCAGUCAGAAAUUUUUAAGAGAUAUAGAAACCAUAUAAAUUUGAUCAGGGAAAUAUCUUGAAUAAUUAGGGUUGCCUUGGAAAGUAAGGUAAUACAAAGGCGUCUUAAAGUAGGCCAAGUUUAAUGGGUGAAAGAAUUUUCUUAGCCUACUUCUGGAUAUGAUUUUUAAGAGAUUUCUUAUUACCAGAGAUUUAAGUGGCAGCCCUGAUAUAUCUAGAUAUUUCUAGGACAUUUCAAACGGGGAUUCAACAGAUUUGUAGAAUUUUAAGCUGUUCACCCCACCUAGUCGGUGGGCAGUGUGAAUUAAACCUAGAUUAUCCUAAUUACUACCUAAGAUAAUCGACAAUCGUGUGCUACAUUAUAACGAAUGGACGACAGGGGCGGCACUUCUAAAGUGAGACCCCUCCUGGCGACAUUUCGGCUAAGAGUAAUUGUGAUUCCAAGCGAGAGGCAAACUGGCUCAAUACCAGUCUGGUUGAGGGCUUGAUUUCGGUUAGUUGGCUACCAAAAAAGGAAAAACAAAUAAUUAACUAUAUACUGUGUAAAUUUCCAAAAUAUCCUGCUUGUAUAUAGAACCAUGAUAUGUGUAUAUUUGCUUCCCCGAUAACAAAACAAAAAAAUAAAAAAAAAAAAAAAAAACUAUAAAGACUUGAGCUUCAUUCUAUCUUUGAUGUAAGCAUUCUAUGAUAAUAAGUGUAUAAGUUUUAUAUGUGUUUAGAUGGAUACAUAUUUUAGCCAGGCCAUAACUUAAGCCAGAACCUAUUAAACGUUUUUAAAUGUUUUAACUUAAUGUUAUCAAGACUAUAUAUACUGUAUGUAUUAUAUAUUAUAUAUAAUAUGUAGUUAUACAACUAAAGCAUAAAGCCAUAUUCGGUAUUUCAAUAAACAAUA